UUUGUUUCUAGACGAGACGAAAUAGCGCCGCACCGGGUGUAACCACCGAGCUAACGUUAGGCUAGUUAGAUGUAGCUAGCUAGCUGUAGAUUCUUGUCGGCGUACGCAGCUGUAGAAUGAACAUUAUACACACGAUUACUGAGGGAUACUAAUGAAACUCGCUGGUGUCGCGUUAUUAUACAGUCACAAUACUGCUGUUGUCGACGUCGUCGCUUUAGUGGUUUUCACCAUUAGCUCUCCCGUGUUGGUCAGUUAGCUAGUUAGCCUAUUCAGCUAGCUAGGUACAGUAGCGUAUGGGUGUCAAAGUUAGCCGUGACUUCACCGGGUAUCUGGUUGCCUGAGCUCACAUUUCGGACACGUCAAGGUUCCUCAAAUCUGUUACUUGAUUUUGGGGACGGUGAUGUCGGAGCCCAAGACCCCCACUCCCGUCCCUGCUGGAGACACAUACAAAGGAUGGGUGUUCAAGUGGACAAAUUACAUCAAGGGUUAUCAGCGGAGGUGGUUUGUCCUGAGCAACGGGCUGUUGUCAUAUUACAGGACCCAGGCAGAGAUGGGCCACACGUGUCGAGGCACAAUCAACUUGGCCACAGCCACCAUCACUGUGGACGAUGCGUGCAACUUUGUCAUCUCCAAUGGCGGUGCUCAGACGUACCACCUGAAGGCCAGCUGUGAGGUGGAACGCCAGCGCUGGAUCACUGCCCUGGAACUGGCCAAAGCCAAGGCAGCCCGCAUGCAGGCUGAGUCAGAUGACUCGGGGGAUGACUUCUCUCCAUCAUCCCCGCCGCAGGCACCUGGACAAGGUGGCGGGUCACAGAACACCGAAGUCCAGUCUGCUCUCAGAACACUAGGCAGCAAAGUGGAGGAUCUCAGCACAUGUAACGACCUGAUCUCAAAGCACGGCUCUGCCCUCCAGAGAUCUUUAUCAGAACUGGACAGUUUGCGUCUGACUGGAGAGGCCGGGGACAAGAUUCGGCAGGUGACAGAGAGAGCCACACUGUUCCGCAUCACCUCUAAUGCCAUGAUUAACGCGUGCCGAGACUUCCUAGCACUGGCUCAGGCUCACAGCAAGCGGUGGCAGAAGGCCCUUCAAGCAGAACGGGACCAGCGGGUGAGGCUGGAGGAGACUUUAGAGCAACUUGCCAAGCAGCACAACCACCUCGAGCGAGCGUUCAGAGGGGCGGCACAAGCUAAUGCUACUGCAGACAAUAAAAGUUCUGCUGGGCCGGGAAAAGGCGAGGCCAGUGAUGAGGAUGACGACAACGAGUUCUUUGAUGCCAUGGAAGAGGCUCCUGAGUUUAUCACUGUACCGGCAGAUCCACAGUUCCACAAAAGGUCGAGCAGUAAUGUCAGCGGUUUCAACAGUGAGAUGUGUCCUGAUGAUCAAUCGCUUAACGAGGAGCCUCUAGCGAUGAACCAGGAAUCCCCCUCUCAGGAGUUAGUGCCCUUAAAGAAGAGGCGGACACGCAUUGCGGACAAACCUAACUACUCUCUCAACCUGUGGAGCAUCAUGAAGAACUGCAUUGGGAAAGAGCUGUCCAAGAUCCCGAUGCCUGUGAACUUCAACGAGCCCAUUUCCAUGCUGCAGCGGCUGUCGGAAGACCUAGAGUACCACGAGCUGCUGGACAAAGCUUCCAAAUGCCAGAGCUCGCUGGAGCAAAUGUGCUACGUGGCUGCCUUCUCUGUAUCAUCAUACUCCACCACUGUCCACCGCACAGGCAAGCCCUUCAACCCUCUGCUAGGAGAGACGUACGAGCUGGACCGCCGGAGAGAGAGCGGCUACCGCUCCCUCUGUGAGCAGGUGAGUCAUCACCCACCUGCAGCAGCGCAUCAUGUGAUUUCUGACCGUGGCUGGACUCUGAGGCAGGAAAUCACCGUUGCAAGCAAGUUCAGGGGCAAAUACCUGUCCAUCAUGCCUUUAGGCACGAUUCAUGCAAUCUUUGAAAAGGGCAACAACCACUACACAUGGAAGAAAGUUACAACCACAGUGCACAACAUUAUCGUGGGAAAACUAUGGAUCGAUCAGUCUGGAGAGAUCGACGUAGUGAACCACACCACUGGAGACCGCUGCCACUUGAAGUUUGCUCCUUACAGCUACUUCUCCAGAGACGUAGCCAGGAAGGUGACAGGCGUGGUUAUGGACAAGGAUGGCAAGGCCCACUAUGUGCUGUCGGGUACGUGGGACGAGAAGAUGGAGUUUUCACGGGUGAUGCAGAGCAGCCGAGGAGGGGAGAAUGGCACUGAGGGCAAACAGAAGACUGUCUAUCAAACCCUCAAAGCCAGAGAGGUGUGGAGGAGGAACCCACUACCUGAGGGAGCAGAGACCAUGUACUACUUCACUGACUUGGCGUUGACUCUAAAUGAGCCAGAGGAGGGCGUGGCGCCCACCGACAGCCGUCGCAGGCCCGACCAGCGCCUGAUGGAGGAUGGCCGCUGGGACGAAGCCAACUCGGAGAAGCAGCGGCUGGAGGAGAAGCAGCGCAUUGCCAGGAGGGAGAGAGAGAGAGAGGCUGCAAGCCAACGUACCUCGAGCCAAUCAGAAGACACUGUCGAUGAGGACUCUCUUACUGAUCCGUCCUUAAAAAGCGCACCUCAUGAGAACUACCAGGCACUUUGGUUUGAGCGCUGUGAGGACCGGAUCACAGGUGAGCAGGUCCAUAUCUAUAAGGGAGGCUACUGGGAAGCGAAGGAACGUGGCAGCUUUGAGGGCUGUCCAGACAUAUUUUGACCUCGGCAUUGACUGCGACAUGCCCCCAAGAGACUGAUCCAUCAACACUGCCUGGUGGAUAGCUCCCACGAAGGCCGGCUAUUCCUCCCCACUUGGACAGCUGCCUCCCUCCAGCGGCUCUCUGUUCUAAGAGAUCUCCAUGACGGUCACUACUGUCUGAUCCAGAGGAGGGGCAGGGUAUUUCCUCUGGCCUCCCUCACCACCAUUUUGCUCUCACACAUCUGAGAGGACUGGAAUAAUGAAGGUUUGCACCGCUUCGAAUCGGGUCAGGCUGAGCAUGACAGGGAGGAAAUGAAACGGGCAGUGCUUCCAAAUCUAAAGUAGAUCAGUUGUUUUAGUCUCUCUACUCCAGUCUGUUCAGUCUCUCAGACGAGUACCGGAAGAGGUUUCUGUGCUGAUAACAUCCUGUGAGAUAAUCUAGUGUCCCUAUUGUCAUCCACAGCAUUGUGUGCUUUGGUAAUAACUCUAAAAAAAAAAAGGAGGGUAAGACCUGAUUAAUAUAUACAUUUACAUAUAAAUAUGAUUUUAAAUAAUUUCAUUAAAAUGUCGACUGGUGGCCUUCAAGACGUUAGCGAGGAUUUCUUGUUUAUCUCUCUGAUUUAGUGUCUUAAUGUAAUGAAGUGAAGGUUCUAGUGUGCUUGUGUGUAUGACUGCAUAUCUGCUCUUCCAUCACUUUACAGCUCUGCCACUGUGCGGUAUACUGUGUCUAAAACAAAAGAACUGAUUGUUAAAAAAUUAUACUGGUUGAACCUCCACACUGUCAUGUUGUAUAGUUAGGGGAUUUCUUUUCCUUAACAAAGGCCUGUUGGAAAUUGUGAACUCUUUGAACAUCCUUUCUCUUCGCCUUAGAACUGAGCAACAUGCUCUCACUUGUAUUUACGUCACCUGAGUGGAUAUGAUGCUGACAUUUGUAGCUGGUUUCUUGUACAAACAUUAAAACAUUGACGAUGUAGUUGGAAAGACGACAGAGCUGCAAAAUGGCAAAACGUUUGUUCCAUUUCUGAGAAAAGUUCACAAGUGCAGUUUUGUUCAAUAACAAAAUAAAUAAAAUUAAAUAUAAAUGACAAGUAUAGAAAUUAGCCAUUUUCACAGGCCUGGAAUAACAUGCAGCCAUUUUGUGGAGAAAGUGAAAACAUUGAUUUAACAGUGUGCGAUACUGUGUGUGUUUUUUCUUUUUCUGUGUGUGUGUUGAGAGGAACACAAACAAAUGAGCAAAGAAAACAGUAAAGGCAGUGGUGAAAACAAACGUCACGUCCUUGUGUAUCUGCUGAAGAGUUCAUACAUAUGCAAGAACAUUUUGACACCAAAAACAUGGAAUACUGUGUGUGUGCGUGUGUGCGUCUGUGUGUGAGAGCGCACAUGUGUGAGAGAAUUUCAUAAUUUUGUUUGUAAGUGUACUUAAAAAUGAAGAAUAAAGAAACAAAGAAGCGUUGCAAAUAACUAUGAUUUUAUAAAUGUAUAGAUAUUCAUAUUAUAGUAUUGAUAACUGUAAGGUAGGUUUUUCUCUUGUUCUUUCAGUUCCUCUCAUUGGGUGAAGGCUGUCUUCAUUUUCAGAAAAAAAGGGAGUUUCCACACUUAACUGAGGAGACGUGACAUUGUCCAGUAUUUUGUAUUAACAAAGAAAAAAUAUCUGUAAUAAACAAAUGCUGUGAUGUCAAACAAGUAGCUUUUCAUUUCAUUUUCCCACUUACCAUUAGUUAUUAAUUUGGUAACACGAUUAAAAAAAUUUGCCAAAUCAA